AUGACACAAUCAUCUACUCCCGAGGUAAGGAAACGUUCCACACGGGACGAGAUCGCGAAGGCGGGGAAGGCAUGUGAGGCGCAUGAGGUACGAUGGAACUCAAGACCCACUGGAACACUCAUGGCUUUCGAGGCUAGAAUGAAUCUGGAGGGAGUAGGGGACGAGGUGAGGUGCCGGGCCUUCCUGGUCACCUUAGCCGGACCCGCGAUCCGAUGGUUUAACGGCCUCCCGCAGGGAUCCAUCUACAGAUUUUCGGACAUCAGCCGUGCCUUCUUGGCUCAGUUCACAACGCGAAUAGCAAAGGCAAAACACCCGAUCAAUCUGCUCGGAAUAACACAGAGACCCGGGGAGCCGACCAGGAAGUACCUGGAUCGCUUUAACGAUGAAUGCUUAGAAAUCGACGGCCUAACCGACUCGGUGGCCAGCCUUUGCCUGACGAACGGCCUCCUGAACGAAGACUUUCGAAAACACCUUACCACGAAACCGGUUUGGACGAUGCACGAGAUACAAACGGUGGCUAAGGAAUACAUAAAUGACGAAGAAGUCAGCCAGGUCGUGGCCGCCAAUAAACGGCACACCGGCUACAACCAACCUAGGCAACAGGGUAACGGGGAGAGACACAAAGACCAAGUCAAGGAGGGAGGACCGACCAAGGCACACAAAUCGUUUCCCCGGAUCAGGAAGUUCACCAACUACACUCCACUCACUCUUUCCAUUGUGGAAGUUUACCAGCAAAUAGCCGAGAGAGGGAUCUUGUCGAAGCCCCGACCACUCAAGGACCGAACGGGGGGGAACAAGAGCCUCUACUGUGACUACCACAAGGGCUACGGAUAUCAAACACAAGACUGUUUUGACCUGAGGGAAGCAUUAGAGCAAGCAAUAAGAGAUGGCAAACUCUCUGAGUUCUCCCACCUCAUACGGGAGCCGAGGAGACGGCAACGCGACCAAGACAGCGAAGAGGCCAAGACCCGAGCGGCAAAGCGGCAACAAGAGCCAGAAGAUAAAGACCACGGUCUCACGGUGAUAAAUGUAGUAACCGCCAAAAACUCCGCGCCGAGGUCUAGGUCAGCUCACAAGAAAGACGCCAAAAUCCUAGCAGUCUCCUCCGUCCCAAUGCGAAGUUCCAAGAGGCCCCCAUGCGUCUCCUUUGGCCCCGAAGACUAA